UUCAAUUGGCAAAAGAUUGCCUGAUUAAUAUGAGAAAUAAUAACACUGAAUUUUUGGAUGUCUUUUCAAAGGCCCAAGAUUUUAUGAAGAAGAGAAAUUUACCUUUUGAUUUUGAAAGUUCAAGACUUCAAACAUUACAAUCCAAAAAGGAGAGCUUUAAAAUCAGUGUGUUUUAUGCUGCACUUGAUUUAAUUAUUAUGCAGUUUAGUGAAAGAUUUAACGAUGAAUCGAUAAAAUUUUUGAGUCAAACAUCAUUUUUUACCCCAAAGGGAAUGGCGGAAAAGGCAAUUGUUAAAGAUGAUAUCAAGGAUAUCUGUGAAUUUUAUCAAUUAAAUACAAGUCAAGUUUUUGAGGAAAUGUUGAUGUUUAGAAAUAUUUAUAAAAUGGCUAAAACGGGGGACGUAAUUAUUACUCGUGACCUAGAGGUUAAAGAAGAUUUGUCAGAUUCUGAGAAUUCUUCUUCUGAUGAUGAUAAUAAUUUUGAGAUGAAUGAUUAUGACUGGAGAAACUAUUCAUUUAUUUUACCUUAUCGUCUGCUUAUAAAUUUUUCUGCUUUCCCAAAUUUAACAAUUUUAUAUAAAUAUUUAUUAACUAUUCUUACUACAUCAUGUACUGCCGAAAGGGUCAUGACAAAAAGGUUUUUGAAGAAAUUUCCUAAGAAACUGGUCUGCAGAAAUUAUCAAUUGAUUGCAAAAAUUGAUGCUACCGGAUCAGCAAAACGGUAUGGAGGUGGUAGACUACACACAGCUCGUACUAUGGAAAAUGUUGAUUCUGUUAAAAAACUCAAUAAAACAAGAAGACCUAGGUCCUAUGCAGCUAAAAUGUUUUUAAAAAAGCAAGCCCAGGACCUAACCGAUGCGAAUAAUUGCGAGUCUAAUACCCAAACAACUUCUACGAAAAUACACUCAGAGAUUAGUUCAUUUCAUAUGGUUCACUCCACGGAUUAA